CCGCGCAUGCGCGGGGGGAGGCGCGCGCGGAGCGGCCGGGCCGGAGGGAGCGCGGGAGCCCCCCAAGAUGACGCAGUUCCUGCCCCCCAACCUUUUGGCCCUUUUUGCCCCCCGGGACCCCAUCCCUUACCUGCCCCCCCUGGAGAAGUUACCCCAUGAGAAGCACCACAACCAACCCUACAGCGGCAUCGCGCCCUACAUCCGGGAGUUCGAGGACCCCCGCGAUGCCCCCCCGCCGACGCGCGCCGAGACGCGCGAGGAGCGCAUGGAGCGCAAGCGGCGGGAGAAGAUCGAGCGAAGGCAGCAGGAGGUGGAGUCCGAGCUCAAACUCUGGGACCCUCACAAUGACCCCAACGCUCAAGGAGAUGCCUUCAAAACCCUGUUUGUGGCCAGAGUGAAUUACGACACGACGGAGUCGAAGCUGCGCCGGGAAUUUGAGGUUUACGGCCCCAUCAAGAGGAUCUACAUGGUGUACAACAAGCGCUCGGGGAAGCCUCGUGGCUACGCCUUCAUCGAGUACGAGCACGAGCGGGACAUGCACUGUGAGUACCCCCAGACCCCCCCCCGGACCCCCAAAAUCCCCCAGCCCCCCCCACUCCGCAUGUCUGACCCCCCCCCACACACCUGGGGGACCCCGUGGCCCCCCCGGGCCGGGCGCCAGGUAAGUACCGGGGCGGGGCCUGCGGCGACUGGGCGGUGGCCGAGUGAGGCUGCAGGUGGCCAAAGCUGCUGGUGGUCAGGGGUUCAGGUGGCCAAGGCUACCUGUGGGCAAGGUACAGGUGGGCAAGGUACAGGUGGCCAAGGCUACCUGUGGGCAAGGUACAGGUGGCCAAGGCUACCAGUGGUCAAGGUUCAGGUGGUCAAGGAUCCAGGUGGUCAAGGCUACUGGUGGCCAAAGCUACCAGUGGUCAAGAUUACAGGUGGACAAGAUACAGGUGGCCAAGGGUCCAGGUGUACAAGAUACAGGUGGCCAAGGCUACUGGUAGCCAAGGGUCCAGGUGGCCCUGGACUACCAGUGGUCAAGGUACAGGUAGCCAAGGCUACCAGUGGUCAAGGGCUCAGGUGGCCAAGGCUGCUGGUAGCCAAGGUUACAGGUGGCCCUGGACUAGCAGUGGUCAAGGUACAAGUGGCCAAGGCUACCAGUGGUCAAGGUGACAAGUGGAAAGGGCUCAGGUGGCCAAAGACUAUUGGAUGGCCAGACUACAGGUGGACAGGGCUACCAGUGGUCAAGGGCACAGGUGGUCAAAUUGACAGGUGAUCAGGGCUCCACGUGGACACGGCUCCAGGUGGUCCAGUUUAGGUAGCCAAGGCUACCAAUGGCCCAGGUAACGAGGCUACAGGUGGCCGAGCUGUAGGUAGGCAGGGCUACAGGUGGCCAAAGCACCGGCCACUGCUCGACUU